AUGCCGGCGAUUGAACCGCAAAAGGGUCGCAUGACCCGAGGCAACGGAACCACCGUGCACAAUCGGCCCUCUCAGCGUGUAUACGUGUUUGGCAGUGCUUCUGAUGAUCAUGCUGGCGGCCUUGGCGAGCCCGAGGCAGUCGAAAUGUCGGUUGUCGAUAACAAUGGCAUGUCUCGGCGCGGUCGCGCCAAGUCAAGCCCUGGCACCGGCAGUCAGGGUAGUACCAGCUUCGACGGACGGGGGCCAGUAUUCACACGUGAUGCCAUCGGCUCUGAGAGCGAGCUCACCUAUAUUCUGCAUGCCGUCGAGGCUCACCACACACUGCAAGGCAUCGCGCUCCAGUAUCGCGUCUCCGUCGAUCAGCUAAAGCGCCUCAACAAUCUAUGGCGUGAAGACGAGCUGCAUUCACGCAAGACGAUCAAGGUGCCAGCAUCGCGCUACGGCGCUCUGUAUACGGCUGUCAUGGAAGGCGACAACUCUUUUGGUGUGGCAGAGCCGACAUCUGACGAAUCACGGACCCAUACCACCAUGCGCCCGCUCCCAGCAGCCCCAGUUGGGCGUAGCGAAGUAGCGGCCCACCUCAAUGUUGGCCCUGACAAUGCUGAUUGCGCUCAUUCUCUUCUUGGGUCUGCCGGGUGCGGUGUUAGGGCCAAUUCGGCCGAGUCGGGCGACCUCUUGGCCAAAUACGAUAAACAGCUGGGGGACAUUCUUGAGCAAGAGCGACAACGAAGCGACGAGCCCGAAAAAGAUUCCGAUGGCCGUCGUAUUUUUGCGCCCGUGCCACGUCGCCACAACGCCAUGACGGAUUGGUAUCCAUCCGACUGGCGCAUCGUCCUACUCGUUUGCUUGGCGUUGUUAAUUGCCGUUCCCAUUGUCAUUUCCAAGAUGAAGCCUCGAGUGCUUUAGGCGUAGUCAUGCAAAAGGCAGCCCCUUUCGCGUCGUUAGUUUUGCUUGUUCCCCGCAUGAGGACGUGCGGGUCAAUGUAUCUGUUGAGUUUCCGAUCGCGCUCCGGUCACGGCGCUUGGAUGAAUGGUGUAGGCGUGUCUGUGUUUGCCGUUUAAUUUCUUGGAUGGCCAUGGUCCACCUCGUUUUGUUAGCCUGCCCCCCACCCC